AACUGUCGUAAAAUCAUCCGCUCCUCAUGUGAUGCUAGCAACCCAGCUGCUGCUAACGGGCGUGUUUGUGUGUGUCAGUUUGUGUGUGUGUGUGUGUUGUAUGAGCAGCUGAGGGAACACUCUUUGUACAAAAAACAUGGAGGCUGACGACGAGUUUAUGAAGUAUCGCUCCCCGCUGGUGUCUAGAUACGCUAGCAAGGAAAUGGCCUUUAACUUCAGUGACAGGAAGAAAUUCACCACCUGGAGGAGACUGUGGAUCUACCUGGCUAAAGCUGAGAAGGCUCUGGGUCUGCCCAUCACUGACGCUCAGAUCCAGGAGAUGGAGAGCCACGCUGACGACGUUGACUUCUCCAUGGCAGCUGAAGAAGAGCGGAAACUCAGACACGACGUCAUGGCUCACGUCCACACCUUCGCCCAUUGCUGCCCCGCUGCCGCGCCCAUCAUUCACCUCGGCGCCACCUCGUGUUACGUCGGCGACAACACCGACCUCAUUAUGCUGCGUGAUGGAUUUGACAUCCUUCUGCCCAAGCUGGCGAGAGUCAUCGACAGGCUGGCGAACUUCGCAGAGGAAUACGCCGACCUUCCUACCCUCGGCUUCACUCACUAUCAGCCUGCCCAACUGACCACCGUAGGGAAGCGAGCGUGCCUCUGGCUGCAGGACCUGGCCAUGGACAUGAGGAACCUGCAGCGGGCCCACGACGACCUUCGCUUCCGGGGGGUCAAAGGCACCACCGGCACUCAGGCCAGCUUCCUGCAGCUCUUCCAGGGAGACCACGACAAGGUGGAAGAGCUUGACCGGAUGGUGACAGAGAUGGCAGGAUUUAAAAAAGCUUACCUUGUGACCGGUCAGACCUACAGCCGUAAGGUGGACGUCGACUGUCUGGCCAGCUUGGCCAGUUUGGGCGCCACUGUCCACAAGAUCUGUACAGACAUCCGCCUGUUGGCCAACCUCAAGGAGAUCGAAGAGCCUUUUGAGAAGGAGCAGAUAGGCUCCAGUGCCAUGCCCUACAAGAGGAACCCCAUGCGUGCAGAGCGUUGCUGCAGCUUGGCCCGACAUCUGGUGGCACUGAUGUCCGACCCGUUGCAGACGGCCUCCGUCCAGUGGCUGGAGAGGACGCUGGAUGAUAGCGCCAACAGGAGGAUCUCCCUCCCUGAGUCCUUCCUGACUGCAGACAUCAUCCUCAGCACUCUGCAGAACAUCACCGAGGGUUUGGUGGUCUACCCGAAAGUCAUCGAGCGACACAUCCGCCAGGAGCUGCCCUUCAUGGCCACGGAGAACAUCAUCAUGGCGAUGGUGAAGGCAGGAGAGAAUAGACAGGACUGCCAUGAGAAGAUCCGUGUUCUGUCCCAGGAGGCGGCUGCUGUAGUGAAGCAGGAGGGCGGGGACAACGACCUGCUGGCCAGAGUCCAGCGAGACCCCUACUUCACACCCAUCAUGGGCCAACUGGACGCUCUGUUGGACCCCAAGACCUUUGUUGGCCGCGCUCCACAGCAGGUUGCCAGGUUCCUGUCUGAAGAGGUGCGCCCCCUGCUGGAGCCAUAUAAGGCCAAGAUGGACGUGAAGAUAGAACUUGAGCUGUGACACCUACGUGCCUAAAAAUGCACCUCUUUGUGCACGAAGUCGGCAGGAAACCAGCCCAUCCUGAUGACUGCUUAUUUAUACCUCAAUAAACUCAGCUGUUGACUUUA